AUGGCCUCUCCAGCACCGACGCCAGGGCGGAGCGACUCCAGCGAACUCAAUCUCGACUUCAAUCUCACCCCGACCUUGCCAAUUAUCCUGCCUCUCACACCAGCGAGGAGCAACGGCAGACCUGUGAGACGCCUCGUGGGCACACCGCGGUUGGGGAACUCGCCGCCCUCGACAUUGGGGAUCAACGAUAAUGGGACGACGGGGUCGAGCAAUGCGGCGCGCUCGUCUGGGCCCUCUCAUCCUCGACCACCACCCAUCAUCCAACGAGAUUCAGAAUCGUUCUUUGCGAACUACGACAGUGCUCGCGAUCAGGUUCCGAGGGGACGACCAAGCGAGGAGGGUGGUGGUAGUCCCGGGAUUGCACUCCCCCCGCCUAUGAACUUGGAAUCGGAAUCCAGAUACGCGAGGGGCUUCCGCUCGCCACCGUCGCCUAUUCAAGAAGCCGAGUUCGUAACGCCAGUGGUUCGACCCUUGGACAACUCCCCACGAGAAUCCCGCUGGUGGAGACCACCCCCUGAACCUAUCAGGCAUCCCGACGAAAGAGACGAAUACGAAAGAAUGAGAGGUUCGCCUGUCAUGCCUGCCCAAGUUGUCCGCGAACCGACAUUCGACCAGCCUUUUCCUUUCAUCAAGAUGCAUGAACCCGAAUUUGGUCCCCGGGUGCAGGCCUUCAGGGCACCAGAGGUCGCCAUUGAAGGGGCGCAGUUUGGCCACCACGCCCAACUGAGGAUGGAAGACCCAUGGGCUUUGAAAGCAGUGGAACGUUCCUCGUACCCAGCCAUCGUGUAUACAUUCGUCACCGCCGACAUUCCUCGCCAGGCAUACCUCUAUUCGAUGCUCGGUCUUCCGGAACUCUACUAUUCCCGUGCUACCUCAGUUUUCGACGAGGUUAAUCGGAUGGGUGUUGAAGAACUUGCAAGACUAAUUGUCGAGGACGAGAGGCUGGAUCCAAGCACGACUACGCGUCCUAUCAUACCGUAUCCUGGAAGGCAACCCUCGAGAAACCCUUCUCCCCGGCCUUCUGCAAGUGCAGAUCCCGAUAAUGCAUCACCCGAGAAGCUUCGGAAGGCGUGGAAGUCCUUUGUGGAUGGAUUAUUAGCUGAAUGGACGAUCCUGAACCUUGUUUCGUCGCUACUUCUCAGUGCGAUCCUUACCCUUCUACAGAUUCCUUCGGCUGAAGCUAGUCCUGUCACCCGGUGGUCUGCUUUGUUCUCGUUGGUGUGCGGGUUGGCGAGUUUGGUCUAUGGGUGUGUGUAUAUCGUUCGAUUUGGGACGAUGAAGAAGACGUAUAAAGCGGUGUUGUGGGUUCAGGAUGUACAGCGGAGCUCCAAGUCGAGUUUUUGGAACUCCUGGACCUUUCUGGCGAUGCCCGGUACCUGGCUAGGAUGGUCCAUGAUCUUCUUCCUAGUCUGCAUCACCUCAUUCGCUUGGACAACGGGUACCCUUAACCAACCUUCCGAGCCGCAGCUACGACCCAGCGAAGCACUAGGGCCGCGUAUCGCAUUCUCUGCCAUCCUAGGACUGGGCAUCCUCUACUUCUGCCUGGUCAACCUUUCCUUCAAUCGAUGGGGUACCCCGUACGACAGAGAAUGGGAGAAGAUGGUCGGACAAUUGAGGUUAGCGGAUGAGAGGAGGAGGGUUGAGAAGCAGGAGGCGGAGGAGAGGGAGAGGGAAAGGAAACCUGUUCUUCCGCCUUUGUCUCCGCCUUCGACGACCAAGUCGCUUUCGUUCACGCAGCUUAGGACUCCGGUUGUCCCGGCUGAGUGGCCUGAGCGAACGGCUGGUGGGGUAGAUGAUGGGUUGAAGGGCGGUGGCGGGCAGGGCCUUCUUGGAUUCAAACCUGUACGACCCCCGAGGCGGGAUCGGUCCACGUCUUUGCCUUCUCUUCCAUCUACUAAAUGA